GGCGAGGAGUCGCCGGGAGGAGUCUCUGCCGCUGCAUGGCCGAUGCCGACGGUGGGGGCGGCGACGCCGGCCGACGCCGUCACCGGCGGCGUCGCUACGUCGUCUGCGCCGCGUCCGUCGGCAGCAUGUCCGUGGUGACGGCGAUGCUGGUGGUGGCCGUGGUGCUGUCGGCGACCCGCGGCGAGGUGUCUCUGGGCGGCAUGCUCUACCCCAGGGAGUCCGAGUCCCGCGAGGUGCGCUCCCUCGACGGCGUCUGGGACUUCCGGCUCUCCGACAACCUGCAGGGCUACUGGGAGCGCUGGUACGAGCACGACCUGCGCUCCACAGGAGAAGUGAUGAUGAUGCCGGUACCGGCCAGCUACAACGACGUGACGCAGCUGAAGGAGGUGCGCGACCACGUGGGGCUGGUCUGGUACGACCGGCGCUUCUUCGUGCCGCGCUCCUGGCAGUCGCCCAACAUCCGCGUGUGGCUGCGCUUCGGCAGCGUACACUACGUCGCCCAAGUGUGGGUGAACGGCGAGCUGGCGAUGGCGCACGAGAUCGGCCACCUGCCGUUCCAGACGUCGGUGACGGGGCUGCUCAAGUUCGGCGCCAGCAACCGGCUGACCGUCGCCGUGGACAACACGCUGCUGCAGACCAGCGUGCCGCAGGGCUCCCUCCACCACGUCGACACCGCAAACGGCACGCGGGAGUAUCAGUCGUACUCGUUCGACUUCUUCAACUACGCGGGCAUCCAUCGGCCCGUCCUGCUCUACACGACGCCCUCCGUCUUCAUAGACGAUCUCAACGUCGCCACUGACUACUCGCUCGACGGGACCGGCACGGUACGGUACAACGUGACGUACGCGGGCUACUCUAUGGAGGCACCGCAGUGCCGCGUGGACCUUCUGGACGCGGACGGCGUGGUGGUGGGCUCCAGCGACUCCAGCAACGGCCUGCAGGGCGAGAUCCGCGUGCCCGACGCUCACGCAUGGUGGCCCUACCUCAUGCACCCUCGGCCGGGAUACCUCUACACCUUGCAGGUGCGGCUGACGUCAUCGGAAUGGGGUACGGAGGACGUGUACCGGCUGCCCGUCGGUAUCCGCCGACUCGCCUGGGACAACUCGUCGCUGCUCAUCAACGACCGACCCGUCUACUUGCGAGGCUUUGGCCGACACGAAGACGCUGACAUCCGCGGCAAGGGGCUGGACCUGGCGACCGUCGCGAAGGACCACAACCUGCUGCGCUGGGUGGGCGCCAACUCGUACCGCACCUCCCACUACCCGUACGCUGACGAGGUCAUGGACUUCGCCGACCAGCAGGGCUUCCUCAUCAUCGACGAAUGUCCCAGCGUCAACACAGAGAACUACUCGCCGGCGCUGCUGCAGAAGCACAAGGACUCGCUGACGGAGCUGAUCCGGCGCGACAAGAACCGGCCGAGCGUCAUCAUGUGGUCCGUCGCCAACGAGGCGCGCACACAGCUGUUCGCCGCCGAGUCCUACUUCAGGGAGAUCGUGCAGCACGUGAAGAGCCUGGACCCCUCGCGGCCGACCACCAUGGCCAUCGCCAGGGGCUUCAGCGAGGACAGGGCUGCACCGUUCAUCGACAUCAUCGCGUUCAACCGUUACAACGCGUGGUACAGCAACGGCGGCCUCACGGAGACCAUCGUGCCGCGCGUCGUGGCCGAAGCGGAGGGCUGGUACGCCAGGUUCGGCAAACCCGUCUUCGUCACAGAGUACGGCGCCGACACGCUCGAGGGCCUGCACCUGGAACCUGAAUACAUAUGGUCUGAAGAAUACCAAGAAGUGCUGUUCUCGGAACAUUUCAAAGCAUUCGACAUCCUCAGAGAAAAGGGUUAUUUCAUCGGAGAAAUGAUAUGGAAUUUUGCAGAUUUCAAAACUGCACAAACGUACACGAGGGUCGGCGGUAACAAGAAGGGUAUCUUCACUCGGGCGCGCCAGCCCAAGUCGGCAGCGCAUCUGGUGCGCAAGCGCUACUGGUCGCUGGCGGAGCGACUCGACGGAGCACAGCCACCCGCGGACACCCGCCGUUACGUCAUCGAUGCUCCCCCGAAAGACUCUGCCAAUGCAGUGCGCCGCGAGCUGUGAGCUGAGUGCAGCCACAGACAGCCGACAGCCGUCCCUUGUUCCGUCCAGAAGCAAUACGGUCAACUCUGCAAACACGCCGUCCGCAAGGUGGUGAGACCGGAGCAGUGUCCUCAGUUAACUGGCCGCUAUGUAUCACAUGCUGCAGACUGCUGCCUUGCUGUGGAAACCUGUACUUUCAAGUGAUAUUAACUUUCAGAAGCCAGUAUCUGCUGUCCCUUCACGGACAAACAAUGCUGUGGACUUCGUCAUGAUAGUUCUACAGAAAGAAUUGUGACUUUUUUCUAAAAUUAUAAACCACUCUAGUCGACACUCAUUCCCAAGAACAAUUGACAAUCAAAAUCCCAUCGACUUAUCCCACUGUCAGUGAAAGAAGAAGAAGAAGAAGAAGAAGAAGAAGAAGAAGAAGAAUUACUUCAUAGAUUUUCACAUGUGACCUGUGUUCAUUGA